CGUUCAGUUGACAAUCGCCAGUCGAUAGCAAACCAUGAGAGAGUGCUCAUCGCGCAGCAAUACGCGUCUACUUAGUUCGGUAAUCGUAAUCGAUCAACGUCUCAGAAUCGACACUUGUCGAUAUUUAAUCGAGAUCCUAUCCCGCCGCAUCACAGGCGAUUAAAGAUAGUUGGUUAGACCUGUUCCCACAUCUAUGGAGUUUCAUCUAGACAGUGCAGAAUACUGCCAGGCACAGCACAAAUAAAAA